UCAACCAGGAAGGAAGUCUCCAAGGCAGAUCUGACCAUUUCGGAGAUCCAUUUCAUCCUCCCUCCAGGCCCCUCCCACCGUGCAGCCAACAGCAUGGAGAUCUUCCAUCCCUUUCUCCUCAUCCUUGCUGUCCUGCUGGGAUCUCUUGGCCAGGAAGAUCUUGAAAGGAAGGUCUUCAUAUUCCCGGAAUCAUCCGACACCAGCCACGUGGUUUUGAAGGCCACCUCACAGCAGCCUUUGACCAGCUUCACCAUCUGCCUGAGAUCCUACACGGACAUGACCCGGGCUCACACCCUAUUCUCUUACGCAACCAAGACGAGUGACAACGAGAUCGUGAUCUUCAAAUCCAAAACCAACGAGUACAGCCUUUAUGUGGGGACUGCAGAUGUGAUUUUCUUCUUCCCAGAAAAGCUGGUUUCAGAACCUAGCUGGGAGCAGAUCUGUAUGAGUUGGGAAUCUGACACAGGAUUAGUGGAGUUCUGGCUUGAUGGGCAACCUUUUCCCCGAAACGGUAUGAUGAAAGGUCAUGUUAUAAGUCCAGAGGCAUCGAUUGUCCUGGGGCAAGAUCAGGAUUCCUUUGGGGGUGGCUUUGAUAUCAACCAGUCCUUUGUAGGGGAGCUCACAGAUGUGUACAUGUGGGACCGGGUGCUGUCUGGGGACGAAAUGUGCCUUGUCUGGGACAACCAUGUUCCUUCCAACCCAAUAAUUAACUGGAGAUCGUUAAAUUAUGUCAUGAGAGGCUACACUGUUCUUAAGCCCUACCUGUUUUCCAACUGUAGAGCUGAGUAGGCUUUGCAAACAGACGGAGAGUCUUUAAAAAAACAACACAUUACGGGGGGUGGACUAAAUGAUCCUUAGGGUCCCUUCCAAAUUUAUGCUUCUUUGAUUGAAGCCUCCAACAGGGCUUAAAGUUAGGAUUGUGGUGGUAGUCCUUAAAAGAUCUAUACUUUUGCAUGGCAAUAGACACUGUUAGUUGCACUGAUUUCAGUUCUUUCUGCUGGAAUGAGGAGUUCUGUGAAACCCACAAGCUCUCGUUUCCAUCUCUUCCUCCAAUAAAAGAUUAACUCUUA